GAUUAUUCCAAAUCGUGGGAAACGGAAACGCCAACUCUGACAUCUUGUUUCAUCGACAUUGGACUGUGCUGGCCACCAACGCUUUUGCUGUGGAUUACAUGUCCAUACAUGUUCUAUGAAUACCUUGUGCGAUCAAGAUUUCGUUCGAGAAUCGGCUGGAAUUGCUACAAUUUCACCAAAUUUGUAGCUGCACUCACACUGGCCAUCGUGGCACUUGUUCACGCAAUUCAUGUGUCAAUCAUUUCAUCAUCAGAUCAGGUGACCAAGGCUCAUUUAUUAUCAGUAUGGCUUUCGUUUGCCACAUGUGCAUUGUUCAUCACAUUUCUUCAUCUACAACGGACACGUGGUUUCAUCAACUGCGGCUGUAAUUGGUUCUAUCUGUUAUUGGUGGUCAUUUUCAAUGCUUUCGCCAUUGCAACGGCCAAACCUUAUAGACCGAAUAAUCUCAUCAUUUACUCGUACAUUGAAUAUGCUCUCCAAGUGUUGCUAUUUCUCAUGUCAUCAUUUUCAGACAAAGUUGACAACAUCGAAGAGAUUAUUCUAUUUAGCGGCAAAAAACAAGAGAAACAUUGCUCAUCAUUGACAAUGGGAGUAAAAAUCACAGCAACAAAAGAAGAAAAAAAAAAUCCAAAACUUUGCCCCAAAGAAUUGUCUUCGGUACCAUCGAAAUUGACAUUCUGGUGGUUCAACGGUUUGGCCAUCAAGGGCUGGCGUCGUCCAUUGACCGUCCAAGAUCUGUGGCGUCUGCCCGCCUGGAACAAUUGCGAAUAUUUAUUCAACAGUUUCAAUACUCUCUGGCAACAUCCAAAAUUCACCGACCAUAAACAUUAUCACCAAAGUAAAGACGAUUCGAACCAACAGGCGACGGCGCCACGAGUCAACCUGUGGAUAAUGUUUGCCAAAAUGUUUUGGCCAUAUUUCCUAUUGCCAUCGAUUGCUCGUGUGUUUACCGAUCUCUUACAGCUGUCAAAUUCAGUGGUGCUCAAGUACAUGAUCAAUUUCACGACCGAUCUCAAGGCACCAAUGUGGCAGGGAAUUUUCUUUUCGUUCGUAUUCAUGUUGACCAAUAUCGUGCAGAGCUUCAGUUCGGGCUACCAAACACAUCGUAUGGCUGUACUAUCGAUGCGUAUGCGUGCCGUAAUGGUAUCGGUCAUCUAUCGAAAAUCAUUGGUAUUGGCCAAUCACGCCAAAAAGAAUUAUGCCACCGGCGAAAUUGUCAAUCUGAUGGCAGUCGAUUCUCAACGUUUCACUGAACUGGUUCCAUAUUUGUGUUUCCUGUGGACAGCACCAAUACAAAUAUCCAUCGGCCUCUAUCUCUUGUUCAAUGAACUUGGACCAUCAGUCAUUGGCGGAGUCAUUCUCAUGGUGGCAACCAUUCCAUUGAAUUCGUUUGUGGCCAAUCAGGUCAAAAAAAUUCAACGUAACCAAAUGAAACUGAAAGACGAACGUCUUAAAUCGGUGAGCGAAAUGUUGAACGGAAUGAAAGUUUUGAAACUGUACGCUUGGGAACCGGCAUUCUUUGAAAAGAUUCGCAACAUUCGUCUCAACGAAUUGAAAUCCAUCAAACUGUCCGGCGUAGUGCAGACGAUAUUCAUCUGUUUCGGAAGUUGUUCGCCGUUUCUCGUUUCGAUGCUCACAUUCAGCAUCUACAUUGCAUUGGGCGGUGAAUUGAACGCCGAGAAAGCAUUUGUCUCGAUAUCGUUAUUUAAUCUGUUACGCAUACCACUCAUCAUGAUUCCCAAUAUGCUUUCCGGUCUCAUUCUGACUAUCGUCUCGAUGAAACGUAUCAACCGAUUCCUCAACCAAGACGAAACACAAGACUAUAUCACACGUAAACCAAUGGACAAUGAUGCCGUUUCGGUAAAGAAUGCUUCAUUCUCUUGGGAAGCAACAACAACAACAACAACAACAGUAAACGAUAAACAACAAUCAACAACAAUCACUCUGUCUGACAUAACAGUAACGAUUGCGAAAAAGAAAUUGGUAGCCAUUGUCGGACCAGUUGGUUCGGGCAAAAGUUCACUGCUGCAAUCAUUGUUGGCCGAAAUGUACAAACACUCGGGCACAGUCACCAUUGACCAACAACAACGAAUGGCUUACGUUUCUCAACAGGCAUGGAUUCAGAACCUCUCACUUCGUGAUAACAUUCUGUUUGGCCUACCAUAUGAUCAACGAAAAUAUGACCAGGUCAUCAGUGCCUGUGCAUUGAAACCAGAUUUCGAAAUGCUAAGCGGUGGCGAUCAGACCGAAAUCGGUGAGAAAGGCAUCAACUUGUCCGGUGGCCAAAAACAACGUGUCAGCAUUGCACGAGCUUGCUAUUCCAAUUCGAACCUAUUCCUUUUCGAUGAUCCGUUAUCGGCCGUAGACAGUCAUGUUGGUAAACACAUUUUCGAUCAAGUUAUAAGUUCUCAAAGCGGCAUUCUCCGUGAUCAUACUCGUGUUCUGGUCACCAAUGCUCUCUACGUGCUGCCAUUCGUCGAUCAAGUGAUCAUGAUCAAAAACGGCAGAAUCGAAGAUGUCGGCACAUAUCAAACACUGAUGACAAGCAACGAAAGCUUCCAAGAACUGAUUCACAACUAUGCAAAAGCAAAUCAAGAUGAUGACGAUGAAAUGGUGUCUGCAUCAGCCGAACUUUUAGUUGAUAAUGAACUUGGCAUCAAUGUCAAUCCAGAUGACGAUAACCAAUACGGACACUUGGAACAGCAACAGCACCUAAAUGGUGGUGGUGGUGGUGUUGGUGGUGGUGGUAUCGUUCGAUCAGUUAGUCAAUAUGUGGAAACGGCGACAGACAAACGACGACAACAAUUUUCACGACAAAACACUCAAUUGUCCAUCAAGUCACGACAUUCAACAACCAUCAAACAAUCAGGCGACGACAACAGUAAAAAAGAUCAAACAAAAUUGGUGCAAGCGGAAACAAUUGAAACCGGUCACAUUUCCUUGUCAGUGUUUAAGAAAUUUGUGGCAGCACUAUCACCACUAUGGUCAUUGUUGAUAAUGAUCAAUUACAUUGGCAGUUGCACAUCGAGUGCAGGCUCAAAUUUCUGGCUUUCCAUAUGGACCGAACGUGUGGAGAAAGAUCCAGAACAAUCAAGAAACAUGACCAAUCUGAUCAUCUAUUUCGUCAUUGGAUUCUGUCAAGUGUUUUUCGUCAUAUUCGGCUGGCUGUCCAUCAUCUACGGAACAUUGAACGCAUCGCGCACAUUACAUCAGAAAUUGUUAUCCAGCAUUGUAAGAGCGCCGAUGCAUUUUUUCGACACUACUCCGUUGGGCAGAAUCAUGAACCGAUUCAGCAAAGAUAUCGAUGCGCUCGACAAUUACAUUCAAUUCAUAUUGAGGCUAGUGUUGAACAAUACGUUACAAGUGGUGGCCACACUGGUCAUCAUAUCGAUCAAGACGCCCAUAUUUCUGGUUUUUGUCAUCCCGUUCAUAAUUCUUUACUUUUUCAUUCAACGUUUCUAUGUGGCAACCAGUCGACAGCUUAAACGUAUCGAAUCGGUAUCUCGAUCACCCAUCUUCACACAUUUCGCCGAAACAAUUCAAGGCGUCAACACAAUCAAAGCGUACGGCGCUUCACACCGCUUCAUUCGUGAAUCCAAUCGUCGCGUGGAUCACAAUCUUCGUUGCUUCUAUCCCAGUCAGGUGGCCAAUUGUUGGCUUCAGAUUAGGCUGGAAUUUUUGGCCAAUUUGCUCGUAUUUUUUGCUUCGUUUUUGGCCACAAUUACCAAAGAAGGUCUCACCGGAAGCAGUAUAGGUCUCUCUUUAUCGUAUGCAUUGAAUGUGACGCUGGCGUUGAAUUGGUGUGUACGAAUGUUUGCCGAAAUGGAAAACAAUGUCGUCGCUGUGGAACGAAUUUCCGAAUAUACCGAUGUGCCUCCUGAAGCCGAGUGGAAACACGAAUCAUUCGACAAUUCUCUGUCCAAAGAUUGGCCCAAACAUGGAUCCAUUCAUUUCAAGGAUUAUGCGACAAAAUAUCGACCGAAUCUGGACCUCGUCCUCAAAGGCAUUGAAUUACGAGUGCAAAAAGGUGAAAAAGUGGGCAUCGUUGGCCGUACUGGAGCCGGCAAAUCCUCGCUCACAUUGGCAUUGUUCCGCAUAAUCGAAUCAAGUCAAGGAUCCAUCACCAUUGAUGAUGUGCAGAUUUCCAAGCUAGGCUUACACAAACUGCGAUCGCGAAUCACAAUCAUACCACAAGAUCCAGUUCUGUUUUGCGGUAGCCUUCGAUUCAACCUGGAUCCAUUCGACGAAUACAGCGACGAGCAACUGUGGAGAGUGUUGCAACUGUCGCAUCUGAAAGCAUUCAUUCAGACAUUGGAGCAAGGACUGAAUCAUCAAGUGACCGAAGGUGGCGAGAAUCUUUCCAUCGGUCAACGACAGUUGGUCUGUCUGGCGCGUGCAUUAUUGCGUCGUACAAAUGUCCUGGUUCUGGACGAAGCCACAGCUGCCGUGGAUCUUGAAACCGAUGCAUUGAUACAGGCCACCAUUCGACAGGAAUUUCAACAUUGCACUGUGCUCACAAUUGCACAUCGUCUGCAUACCAUUCUGGAUUCUGACCGUGUGCUCGUACUGGAUGCAGGAAAAGUGGCCGAAUUUGAUUCGCCAAAAACAUUGCUGGCAAACAAUCAAUCCAUAUUCUACUCACUGGCCAAGGAUGCUGGCAUAAUAAAUCAUAUUCUCAGUCUCGAUCAAUUCACAUUCGUUCGAGAAUUCAUCAAAACUGGUGAACAAAACGUAUGAACAACAACAAAUCAAUCACACGACAAUCAAAUGGAGCAAUCAUCAUCAUCAUCAUCAUCUUUGCACGUUCGAUUCAAUGACGGCAAUGAUGACCAAGCCGUGUACAAUGAUACCACAUUCUCGACCACGAUCAACAAUCAAGUGUCCUUUAAUGCAAAUGAUAAAAUAACCAACACCACCACCACCACCACGACCAGUCGAUCAAACAUUCUCAGUUCAAUUGGACCGAAAUUUUUCCAAAACAAACUCAACCAAUGGAUUCAAUCGAAUCCAGCAGCGGAAGCAAAAAAACUCAACCCUCCAAAACAAAUGUUUGCUGCAACGGCAACUAAUCUGAUAUUUGCCUAUGGUCGAGGCAAGAAAGCGAGAAAUGCCUUAAACGACAUCACCAUCAAAGUUCCCGUGGGAACAAUAUAUGCAAUCUUGGGGCCGAGUGGCUGCGGCAAAACAACGCUAGUACAUUCGCUAGUGGGCCUGUUGAAACCGAAAUCCGGUUAUGUCAAAGUUUUCGGCGAAAUUCCCGGAUCUACUCGGUCACUGGUGCCUGGACCUGGCAUCGGUUAUAUGCCACAGGAAAUUGGAUUGUUCGAAGAAUUCACCAUAAAGGAAACACUAUUCUUUUUCGGCCGCCUAUAUCGGCUACCGAGCGACACAAUCCGAGAUCGGAUAACAUUCUUAAUCUCAUUCCUCGAAUUGCCUGAACAGGAUCGUUUCGUGGCAAAAUUGAGCGGUGGCCAGAAACGUCGUGUAUCAUUAGCGGCAGCAUUAGUGCACAAACCACCAUUAUUAGUAUUGGAUGAACCUACCGUUGGCAUUGAUCCAGUGCUUCGGCAAUCCAUUUGGAGUCAUCUUCGUUCGUUAUCAUCGCAAGAAGGCAUCACCGUUAUAAUCACCACACAUUACAUUGAUGAAGCCCAGUAUGCAUCGACCGUAGCAUUCAUGCGACAUGGGACAUUGUUGGAAGAAGGCAAUCCACAGAAACUUAUUCAACGAUUUCGUUUGGACAAUCUGGAACAAGUGUUUCUCGCACUUUGCCAUAACGUGAAUGCCACACGUGGCGGAGGAAAAAAUCACUAUGUCGAUAACGUGGCAUCAUUAGAGCGAAAACAGUAUGGUAAUAAUCACUGCAUCUCUGAAAAACCACUACUGUUAACUGUAAAUCAUCACAAGCAAUUUGACGAAGAAUCGAAAACAGGAACUGAAGAACUGGACGAUGAAGGCCAAGGAUCGUCGUCACUAUCACCCUUUUCAACAAUUACGAACAAAUCUCAGCGACAAUCAAACGAACAAACUCAAUCUCAAUCAAACAAAUGUGAGCCAGAAGAUAAUAGCAGACACACACCAGUACCACCACAUGUAGUAGCUCAACCUCAACGUAUGUUGAUGAAACGGAAUAAAAUUCUCGAUCACUUUGCUCGAAGUUCAGCAUUGUUGACCAAAAACUUUAUACGAAUGUGGCGAAAUCUUCCCGUCAUGUUGUUUGCAUCGUUGAUUCCCGUCCUUCAAUGUACCUUAUUCUUUCUCUGUUUGGGCCGUGAUCCAUUCGACAUUGCCGUAACGUACUACAAUGGUGAAUUGGAUCCACUAUUGAAUCCGAUGCCCAAAACAAAUAGUCCGUAUAGUUUGCAAGUGCUUCAAUCGAUCGACAAUCAUAGCAUUCAUCUGAUGCCCGUGGCUUCCGUAGAACAAGGUUUCCAGUCGGUUCGUUCCGGCCAGGCGAAAGCUUUCCUUCGAUUCGGACCAAAUUUCACACGGGCGAGUUUCGAAAAAGCCAUCGAUUACAUGUCGAUGGACAAUGAAACUGUGGCUGAAUCGUUCGUAGAUCUCUAUCUGGACAUGUCUUCCCAAUUUCAUGCAAUGAAAAUCAAAGAGAAAAUAUUUGAAGCAUAUCAUCUAUUUUCCCGCAAUUUACUGGCCGAGAAUGGUUACAAUCCAGAUGUGGCUGAUUCGCCAAUUCGAAUUCCACCACCCUUGAUGGGCAAUCAGGAUCCAACUGUGACAGAAUUCAUGGCACCAGCAUUCAUAAUGUCGUUGUCAUUUUACGCUUCGAUAGCUACGGCCUCACUAACACUGGUUCUGGAACGCAAAGAUGGUCUACUACAACGAAGUUUAGUUUCGGGAGUGUAUCCCAAUGAAUACAUUCUUUCGCACGUCAUCACACAAACCGUGGUAGUCAUCUUUCAGAUAAUUCUCGUUCUCUUGAUGGCAUUCUUCAUAUUCCACAUUCCCAAUCGUGGACCAGUGUUUUGGAUUUCCGUUCUCAUUGUCAUGCAAGGUGUGGCCGGAAUGGCUUACGGUAUUAUGAUAUCGGCCAUUGCCAAAGAAGAGAAUUUUACAUUGGCAGCUUGUAUGGGCUCGAUGUUUCCACAAUUCCUACUAAGCGGUGUCGUAUGGCCAGUGGAUACAAUGCCACAGUUCCUGAUCUAUGUCAGUACGAUCGUAUCGCAAGCCAAGGCAAUCGAUGCUGUUCGUCAUAUGCUAUAUCGUGGAUGGGAUCCAUUCAACCAUUGGGAUGUUGCCAUCGGUUUCAUCGUUUCAGCCUCGUGGACAGUGGUCUUUCUUUUCAUAGCGACAAUUUUGUUUAAUAUUAAUAAAUAAAUGAAUAAUGAAUCAAAUCAAAUAAAACCAACAAUUAGAUAUUGAUA